AAACACAAUAAAUGAAUGCAUUUCUGCAGCUGUCCGCCCCGGCGCUAUAAUAAGCACCCCCCCGCCUCCCCCCCCGUGUUCAGCCUCUCUCAUGCGGUGCUGCUCGCGUCUCCUAAAAACAAAAUGGCUUCGGGAGGGAGCGGCGGCGCGCCGUGUCUCAGCAUCUCCAUCCCGGGACCCCUCGGCAACGUCCUCCCCAGCAACAGCGCCCAGGCUUCGGCCACCAGCACCGGGGGAGCCGCGCCGGCGGCGGUGGCGGGGGGGUCCGGGCGCGCCACUAACUUCAACCCGCAGCCGGGCCCGGUCGGAGGCAGCAGCAGCGGAGACGCAGUUGCGGCUAACCCGGUGACAGUGGCCUCUAGUCCCCCCCAGCCGGCGGGGGCCGCCGGGGUGGAGGCGGCCUCAGUGCUCGUUUACCGAGAGCCCGUCUACAAUUGGCAGGCCACCAAAAGCACGGUGAAGGAGAGGUUCGCGUUCCUCUUCGGUAACGAGGUGCUCAGUGACGUGCACUUUCUGGUAGGAAAGGGGAUGGGAGUGCAGAGGAUACCUGCGCACAGGUUUGUGCUGGCAGUGGGCAGUGCUGUGUUCGAUGCCAUGUUCAAUGGGGGAAUGGCGACAACAUCCACUGAGAUCGAGCUGCCAGACGUGGAGCCAGCAGCCUUCCUCGCCCUGCUCAAGUUCCUGUACUCGGACGAGGUGCAGAUCGGGCCGGAGACGGUGAUGACCACGCUGUACACUGCUAAGAAGUACGCAGUGCCGGCGCUGGAGGCCCACUGCGUGGAGUUCUUGAAGAAGAACCUGAGAGCCGACAACGCCUUCAUGCUGCUCACACAGGCCCGGUUGUUUGACGAGCCCCAGCUGGCCAGUCUCUGUCUGGAGAACAUCGACAAGAACACGUCCGACGCCAUCAACGCAGAGGGCUUUACAGACAUCGACCUGGACACGCUGAUGGCGGUGCUGGAGCGGGACACGCUGGGUAUUCGGGAGGUGCGUCUCUUCACGGCGGUGAGCCGCUGGUCGGACUCUGAGUCCCAGAGGCAGCAGCUGCAGCCGAGCCCAGAGAACAAGCGGCGUGUCCUGGGCAAGGCGCUGCCCCUCAUCCGCUUCCCACUCAUGACCAUCGAGGAGUUCGCUGCAGGCCCGGCUCAGUCUGGUAUUCUGACGGACAGGGAGGUGGUCAGUCUCUUCCUGCACUUCACGGUGAAUCCGAAGCCACGCGUGGAGUUCAUCGACCGGCCGCGGUGCUGCCUGAGGGGGAAGGAGUGCAGCAUCAACCGCUUCCAGCAGGUGGAGAGCCGCUGGGGGUACAGCGGGACGAGCGACCGCAUCCGGUUCUCUGUGAAUCGCAGGAUAUUCGUGGUUGGGUUCGGCCUGUAUGGAUCGAUCCACGGGCCCACGGACUACCAGGUCAACAUCCAGAUCAUCCACACGGACAGUAACACAGCUCUGGGUCAGAACGACACGGGCUUCAGCUGCGACGGCACGGCCAGCACCUUCCGCGUGAUGUUCAAGGAGCCGGUCGAGAUCCUGCCCAACGUCAACUACACCGCCUGCGCCACGCUCAAGGGCCCGGACUCUCACUAUGGUACGAAGGGGCUGCGGAAGGUGAUCCACGAGGCCUCCACCACCGGGACCAAGACCUGCUUCACAUUCUGCUACGCGGCUGGGAACAACAACGGAACCUCUGUGGAGGAUGGGCAGAUACCAGAGUUCAUCUUCUACACGUAGACACAGAGAGACUGACAGGGGCUGAGGGGAGAGACUGAGAGGAGAGAGUGGCUGGGGGGAGAGAGAGUGGGCAAGAUACCAGAGUUCAUCUUCUACACGUACACUGAGAGGGACUUGGAAGAGAGACAGUUUUCACAUGAGGGGAGAGAUGAGUGUUGCACCCUCAUGGUUUCCAGCAGCAUUCCAUAAACACACGCCUGCAUCUCUGCAUGCAUCAUCUUAUUGACCCUGGGGAUUUCGGCGAGUUCCCCUGCCCCCCCCCCCCCUUUGCAUCUGGCCGUUGCUGUCGUGUAAGGAAAUGGUCCUGGGCAGUCUUGCUGUUCCACAUCACUAACAUUUAUAUAACAAAACUAAACAAAAAGCCUGCGGCUUCCUAAGCAGUGUUCUCUCUGGAGCUUUGCUUGUCCAGCCGGUGUGCGUCCCUGCAAAGCUUCCCAUUGCUGCUCUGGCAUAUCCCUGUCAGUUUCGAAAGAAGAGUUAUACUGUGCUUUGUGAAAUGUGGCUGCUGUGCUGAAUACGAAACUAGUGCGGUGGUCAGCUUCCAGUGAAAUACCAGCACAGUGAACCUGGAACAGCUCAAACGCUUCUGUCUUGCGAGGGGAGUCCGGGUCUGUGUUGGUAACAUCUCCUAAGUGAUUGAACUGAACUGGUACAGGUGCACCCCUAGAGGGACGAGGUGGUGGAACCCCAGAGAUUAGAGAGUUUAUAGCAGCAUGUCAUUUUUUUUAAAUCAAUAAGAAUGUAUCAGCAAUUUCAAUGUGGACCAAAAUCCAUCAGCACUUUGUGUGGGGGGGGGGGGAAUUGAUACUGUACUGGUAAUGUAAACCAAAUUGUAAAAUAAAAAAAAUAUAUAAACCACAGAGCCACCAAAAGUACUGAAGACUAUCAUGAACGAAUGUAAAAAUCAUUAAUAUGAUCAAUGUGUUGAAGUUAACGUGUCUGUAGUUUGCAUCUGCUUUGUGAGUUUAAGAUCUGUACAUACACAUUAAAAAUAGAAACUAUA